AUGAAAAGCCUCCGCGCCCUGAUCCUCGGUCCUCCGGGCGGCGGCAAGGGCACGUUGUCGAAGCGCCUCGUGCGCGACUUUGACUUCUUUCACGUCUCCGCCGGCGACGCGCUCCGCCGCGAAGUCGCCGAGGGAACGCGCCUGGGCCGCGAGUCGGAGGCGUUCAUCAACGACGGCUUCCUCGUGCCCGACGACGUCGUGACGAAGCUCGUCGUCGGCCAGCUCGCGCGGCCCGGCGACCGGUGGCUCCUCGACGGCUUCCCGCGCAACAUCGCCCAGGCCCGCGAACUCGACCGCAACGGCGUCGACAUCGACCUCGUGCUCAACCUGGAGAUCCCCGAGGCGGAGAUCCUCGCGCGGCUCGGCGGGCGCCGCGUGCACGUCGCGUCGGGGCGGAGCUACCACGUCGACUGGAACCCGCCGGAGGUCGAGGGCCUCGACGACGAGACGGGCGAGCCCCUCGUGACGCGCCCGGACGACACGGCCGACGCCAUCCGCACGCGCCUCGAGCGCUACGACGACCUCACGCAGGCGCUCGUCGACCAUUACGAAAGCCGCGGCGUCCUCGCGACCUUCCAGGGCACGGAGUCCGACGUGAUAUACCCGUCCAUGAAGGCCCACGUCGCCGACAUGCUCGCCAGGGAUAUCUAA